CUACGGACGGUUUGGCCCGCAGCGUUUGCAGGUUGCAAGAGAGACCCUGGGAUGGAACAAGCAAGCAAGCAAGCAACAGUGCUGCAGCUGCAGCUGAAUGCUGAUGCUGCGACGCCCCCAGUCACCUUGUUGAGCCCAUUUUCUGGCUGGUACGAGUCACAGUUUACAAAUGUCGAAUCACAGGCGUGCGGAGGGCUGGCAGAGAUUUGGAUGACCAGCCAAGACGCGACUUACCAAAGAUUUGCAUAG